AUAACCAGUUAUACAUUGUAGCUCCUUGAGGGAAGACCUUAAAGUUAAACGAAUGAAUAAAACGCUUUUCUCGGAUAACAACGUUAGCAGCAAUUUUGGGAGUUUGAUAUUUUUUUUUCAGAAUAAUGGGAGAUACGGACGUACAGAUCGUCGAUGUUAGAUGUUCCCAUGAAGACUACAUCAAACGCCAGGUUACAUUUCAAGCAAAACUGGGUAUAGACGAUCCUCUGCUUAUCCUUGAUAUUGACGAGUUGGUGGAGAGAUACAGAAAAUGGUACAAGCUAUUUCCCAGAGUGAAGCUGUGCUACGCUAUGAAAUGCAAUAAUGAUGAGAAAAUCGUUGAUGUCCUGAAGAGAUUAGGGAGCAGUUUCGACUGUGCGAGCAAGGCUGAGAUUCAACAGGUGUUAGAAUUAGGAGUUGAUCCGUCUCGUAUCAUCUACGCCAAUCCCUGCAAGCAAAACUCACAUCUUACUUACGCCAAAGAGCACAAUGUAGACCUGAUGACCUUUGACACUGAGGAGGAAUUGAUCAAAGUCAAAAUGUUGUAUGGAUCAGCAAGAUUACUCAUGCGAUUCCGACCGAAAAAUAUCUAUGAAGUAAUGUACGAUCUGGGAAAGAAGUUUGGUUGUGACUUUGAAGAAGCGAUGGAUUUGUUUAUAUCGGCAAAGAACAAAGGCUUGAACGUCAUUGGUGUAUGUUUUCAUGUUGGAAGUAACUGUCUUACUUCCAACGCAUUUGCUUCGGCAAUCAAAGAAGCUCGGAGGAUAUUUGACAUAGGACUACAGAUCGGCUUUGAUAUGACCGUCCUGGACAUUGGAGGUGGAUUCCGAGGGAGAGAUAUUGAACGACCGACUAUAGAAGAAAAUGCAGAGGUUAUAAACCAGUGCCUUGAUGAUUAUUUCCCUGAAGCAGGCGGAGUAAAAAUAAUUGCUGAGCCAGGACGUUACCUUGUAGAAACUGCUGUCAGUGCUGCAGCCAAUAUCAUAGGCCGGAAGCUUAUCUAUGAUAAUGAUAAAACCAGUAUUGAACAUGUUAUGUACAACAUUAAUGAUGGAGCGUAUGGAACCUUUACGUGGGUAAAAGAAGGCCCGGAGGUGUUUGUAAUGUCACCAGUUCUUAACAAGGCGAGUACAGAGAAACACCACAGCACGGCGUGGGGUCCAACAUGUUGUGGCACCGAUUGCUUAGCAACAGACAUGCCACUACCACUGAUGGAGGUCGGAAAGUGGGUACAGAUCAGUUACGCAGGAGCCUACUCGUUUAGCUGCAGUACCAACUUUAACAGCAUGCCACGUCCUAAGCUUUAUUACUUCUGUUCAAGUGACACGUGGAGCUCUUUAGUUAACGGAUCUUUGAAGAUAAGCAGUAUCUGUUAAUACCAGAUCAUCAACAACAUUUGUGUAGACAGGUAUGUCCGACUGGGGAGAACAACCAUGUUUUCUGACAUGCUGGACCGAAAUUUGUACCAAAUAUGAUAUGAAUUAUUUUACAGUGAGGAAGAUUACCAAUUGUGACACGUUUGACCGUAACCUCCAAUUUAACCUACGCUCAAAUUAAUCUGGAUCACAUAUUUAACUGCUUAAGUUCUGUAUAGUUAUGUACAUGCAUGAAUUAUAAUACGGACAUUAUUUCAUGAUAUUAAACUGAUAAGAUAUGUUUUAAAUUGUAUGCCUAUCCUUAAAUAUUCAAUAUUAUUUACGUCAUAUCCAGGCAGAAUACAUUACAGAUGCAAUGAUAUUUCACUGAAAAAAUAUUCUUCUAUUAAUUUAUGUAAAUUCCAAUUAUUUAUCAUGGACACGAUAAUUGAAAACAUAAGUAAGAGUACUUAUCGCACGGAUUGAAAUUUGUGAAAUGUGUACAUUUUGUAUUUAUGUCUAUUCCUGUAAUGCUAUUCUGGAUAAAGAAGGAUGUCAAAUGUUCAGUAUUAUUGUGACGAGACUGAAGGAAGGAAAACACGAGUAAUCGAUGUCCCUAGGGUUUUGUGGUACUGCUUUCUCUAGCCUCUUCCAUUACAGUCGUGGUGCUCCCUCGCAUCAUUGUAUUAUAUUUCAUCAACUAAAAUGUUUAUUAACAUAUUUUUAUCUGAAACGUUUUCAGCGUUACCUGUAAAGUAAACAAAACAAUACAAUUAAUUGUCAGAAGUUGUUUAAGUUAAAAGAAAAGAACUUGUAUGUUUAUUUUGAUUGUUACGCUAUGUGAAAAUGUGAUACGUAGCCCCUCCCGAGGUCGACGAUAAGCAAUGUACCCUUGACCUGAAUACAGGUAAAUAUUUACACUGUAUCUGCAUUCAAUUACGUAUAGGACUUACAAUGUAAAUACACAUAGAUAAACAGAUAGAUAAACAAAUAUAAAUAUAUUCAACUGAGAAAUUGGAACACGCUUUAGAAUAUCAGUACCAUUGUCAAAAAUUGUAACUAAGUACUGGAAACUGGCUUUUCCCAGCAUGACUGUAGUUGUUUGUGAAAAGAAAGCCAUACAUUGUGGGACGUUUAUAAAAAAAACCAAGAUGAAAUGCAAUCAACAACAGUUUUCUGAGUGUAAAAAAGUCAGUGGAGCUAGAUCGGGAUUCGAACCCUGUACUAUACUGUCUCUCUAACUGAUUGAGCCACCUAGUUAACAGAAGUGUCUUAGCCUAGUUAUACUACAGUUGUAUCCCAACAUAGGUUAAGGGGAGGUUACUGCGUAUAGAAAAUACACAGUGCAGUGGGACAAGGAUGCUUAAAAUCAGGAAAGAUAAAGGUUGAAAUAAGAAAUUGUAUUUAACCACAUGCUAUUUUCAAAAAAACAUUUCAACCAGAAUACCUACCCCAUUAACUCAUUUGCUCUGUAUGAACACCAACACAACCUAUAUAACAACUAAAGUGAAGGUUUAGUCCCGUUCGCGAAAGUCCAAUAACAUCAUCGAUAUUUAAGACAGAGAGUGUAUAUUUUAUUAAAAUCAAAAGUCUUUGAAAUUAUUUUUCAAACACUUGAUCAUAUUUCAUCAAAUAAAUUUAGUAUGUGUUGGGAGAAUUGUCGCUCUUAGUACAGUGUAGGAUUUUCUGAUCCGGUUAUCCGGCUGUGGUUUUAGAUAUUACGACUUGCGUUUUUAGAGUGUUUGAUCUACAACAAGCGGUAGACAGACCGGUGGAAAUACCUAUUCAUUUACCAUUACACCAAAGGUCAAGGUUUUCUUCGUGGUGUUCAAUAAUACGUCCAACUGCUCGUCUAAGUUUGUGAUUUAGAAGAUAAGUUACUGUAUCAUAUUAUAGGACACUAAGGGUUAUCGCUAUGGAAGGCAAUUGUUAGGGCAAGGAGUGUUUACUUUGGCAUGAAAAUUGCGAUCUCAUGUUUCUUACUCGGUUCAAUUUGUUAAUUUAACACCUCAAUCUUAAAAGCUAAUAUGAAAGUUAAUUCGGGUGAUUUUGUGUUCCCUUUGCUCACCCGAAAUCAUAUACAUGUAUAUAUAUAUAUAUAUCAUGACAACAUUUUGCCAAUCAAACAAAUGAAUUUCAAAACUUGAAGUCAGUCAUGUUGUUCUAUUUGUGUUUAUUUGAUAACAACACUUACCUUUAAUAUAACAUCACAUAGUUCAAUCUCAGUAUGUGUGAUUUCUUACACGAGACGCAUCCACCGUGUUUAUAGCAGACCUUAAGAUUUUAAAUUUCAUCUCUAUACAAAUGUGUUACUACAAUAAAACUUAAACAUUUUUUAUGGAUAACGGUAAAUCACAUUCUCUAUUGAUUUCUUGGUUUUGCUCUGAAUCCAGAUUAGAAACUUAAUAUGGCAACAAAUUGGAUCUUCUAAAGCAAAAUUAUUAAAAUCUCUCUGAUGAUUCGUCUCAAACUUUUCAAUAU